AUAUUUUUCAAAAUUAAUAUUUUACUAUUUUCAUUUAUUACAAAUUUUACAAUAUUAGAAGUGUAAUGUCACUGACUAUUGUGUACUUUCCUUGACACAUGCAUACACAAGUGGCAGGGACUAUCGUAGCAAUACAUGUGACCGGCACUGUCAUAAAACGAACUCGACAUAUACAUAUAUGUAUGUAGUAAUUGCAGGUUAGAUUCACGUGAGAAUUAACCAAAUUUUACUGUGAUAAACAGUAUACCAUCAAGUAUCAACGAUUUAAAAUUACACGAGAUUAAAUAUAAAUAUUUAAUACAAGGAAUGGAUGUACAAAGAAAGAAGAAGAAUUAUUACCAAAGUAAUAGUAAUAAUAAAAAGAGGCGUAAACAAUCCAGUCUAGAACCAGGUUUAGUGGGUUUUUUAUGCACCUGUAAUUUUCGUGAAAAAGAUUGCAUACGGGAUGCAUAUGAAUUACUUAAUGAGUUUGCUGAUGAAAUUUAUGGAUCAGAUAUCCCAAAGGCCUCUAAUAAUGAUAACACCAAAACUACUGUAGCAAAAGAUGAUUCUGUUAGUGAUACAGAACAAGAUGAUGAUGAAGAUAUCUCAGCCUUUUUGAAUAAAGAAAUCAAUAGAUUAAAGUCUGUACAUAAAAGAUUUCAGGUAGUUGAUACUGGUGUAAAGAAUGUAAUUUUCAUAAGGAGCACUUUGGCAAAUCCUCUAGAAAUAGUUACCAAAAUUGUUACGGAAUUAGAUGAAACCAAACAGCAACGUACAAGAUACAUAUUAAGAUUGCUUCCCAUUGAAAUUGUGUGCAAAGCAUAUAUGAAUGAUAUAAAGCAAAAAGCAGAUACAGUUCUUGAAAAGUAUUUUGCACAAGAACCAAAAACUUUCAGUAUUGUAUUCAAUCACCACAGUAACCAUAGUAUACAUAGAGAGGAAGUUAUUAAAGACUUGGCUGAAAUAAUAAGCAAAAAAAACCCUGGAAAUAAAGCAGAUCUGAAGAACCCAGAACUUGCUGUAAUUGUGGAAGUAAUACGUGGUGUCUGUCUUAUAUCUAUUGCCCCACAUUACUACAAAUUUAAGAAAUAUAAUCUGGUGGAAAUAUGCAAUGUCAAAGAACCUGGAAACAGUACAAAGAAAAUAAAAACUAAUGAAAGUACAGAGUCAAACGACAAAGAAAAAAAAUCAGAGGACAGUGAGGCAUCAAAAGAUAUAGUUAUUGACAAUACCAAAUAAUUGAUAUAAAAAUCAAUAAUUGAUAUAAAAAUUUAUCAAUGUAUAACCAUGUAACAAAUCUUACAGUAAUAAUAGUUGUAUAAUUCUAUUUUUAAAUUGUUAACGAGUUAAAAUUUCUUUUAUAAUGAAUUUAUAUUUUAUAUGCUAAGUAGUAUUUUGUGAUUUUAUUUUAUAUAAAAGGAGCAUCACUCACAAAUGUAAAAACGUAUGUAAAAUAUAGCUUCAAUGUUAAUACACGACUGCUGCAGUA